AUGGCGGAUCGAGCGUUGCUUCGUCCGGUCUUCUCGGUCUUCUCUCCUCUCGCGUCCCGCGCGUUUUCCUCUCAGGCCGCCCGCGCCGUGGCGCUCCCCAGGCUCACUUCCUCCGCUUUCUUCGCCGGCCCGCAGAGGCAUGCAUUCUUCAACAGCCUCGCGGCCGCGAAGGCCGGCAACCAGCUGCGGCUGUUCUCUUCUCUGCAGUCGGCGCCGCUCCUUCGCCCUCUCGCGAGUCAGGCGAACUCCCGCAGGUUCUUCUCUGCAGCGCCGGAGAAGGCUGCGCCGGUCAGCGCGAGCCCCCGGGGGUCUUCUGGCCCACCGCGCCCUGGCCAGUUGAGCGCGGAACAGUUUCAGACGUCGUUGGUGGAGAAGGCCCAGGGCGCUCUCGGCGUCGGCUUCCUGCACCCGACGAAAAUGGUCGGCUUUGCAGUGACUUUCCUCCUGAAUCUCCGCUUCUACUUCAUGUACAUGGCGCGAACGACGUUCCAGGCUGUGCGUCCUUUGCUCGCGUUCAGCGUCUUCGGAGAGGUCAUGAAGCUCGUAUUGGCAACGAUGAGUUCCGGCCUGUUUUCGUUCCUCUUCUCCUUCGUCCUCGCCUUCGAGGUCUUUUACUUCUUCCUGCAGUGCUACAUUUCCUACACGUUCUUGACGAUGUUUUUCACCGUCCUCUUCUGA